AUGAACAACCUCACUGGCUAUUGCUGCGGGAUCUGCAAGGCUGCGGUGGAAAAGGACGGUGAUCUGCCCUUCUGCGACCACUGCCAGCAAUUCUUCCACUACGAGUGCGCGCAGCUCGAGAAGGGCGUCAAGGACGAUUCCUGGAGGUGCCCCAACUGCGCGGCCGAAAUGGAAGUCACCCAGGUCAUCGUGAAGUUUGACGACCUGGAAAAGACCCUGCUGGAGCUGGAAGCUGAAGCGAAGCGCCAGGAGGAGAGAAUCGUCGCGGAACAACAGCUGCACAAACGUCGCCUGGAGCUGCAACAGCAAACACAGCAGCGUCAACAAGAGGCCGAAAGGCAGAUGCUGGCCCUUGAGCAGCAGCUCAUGGAGCAACAACUCGCUGCCGAGAAGCAGUUCCAGGAACAGCAGAAGAAGAAUAAAGAAGAUUUCGAGGCCAAGAUGGCACAACUCAAGGCCGAGGCAAAGAGCACGGCUGGCCCCAGCGGAAUCUCAACGCCGCUCCGGCAUCCGGGAGUUACGAUUCCAGAAGUACCCAAACCAAAACCGACUCCGAUACCGGCGGACUCAGGUGAAGAGGGUAACGGCAACGAAGGAGACGAGUCCGGCUCGGACACAAGCCUAACGGGUACGGAAUCCAGUUCGUCGGGCGAUGAGCGGGAAAAAGAACCACCCAAGCAGCUACGGGGGCCAACGAAGGCGCAGCUUACUGCCCGCCAGUUCUUGGCCAGAAAACUGCCCGUAUUCACUGGACGCUGCGAAGAGUGGCCAAUGUUUAUAAGCAGCUACGAGACGUCGAACCUGGCCUGCGGAUUUUCGAACGUCGAGAACCUCGCCAGACUGCAAGACAGCAUUCGGGAGCCAGCGUUGACCAACGUGCGCAGCCUACUGUUGCUGCCCGAGAAGGUCCCGGCGGCGAUCGAAACUCUACGCAUGCUGUACGGCCGGCCCGAACAGCUGCUCAACACGCUGCUGAUCAAAGUACGGAAGGCCGACUCUCCCAGGUCGGAUCGUCUGGAGUCGUUCAUUUACUUCGGCGUCGUGGUCCAGCAGCUCGUAGACCACCUCGAGGCCACCCACAUGAACGAUCACCUGGUCAACCCACUGUUGAUCCGAGAGCUGGUGGAGAAACUACCCGCCGGGUCGAAACUCGAAUGGAUUCGGUUCAAGAAGCUGAAGAAGCACGUCUCGCUCCGAACUUUCGCUGACUUCCUAUCGGACAUCGUGACCGACGCUAGCGAGGCCACACUGUUCACCGAACCGCAGCUGCAACAUCAGCCGCAGUCUCGCAGAGACGUCAAACCAAAAGCUGGAUCCAGAACGCACGAAAGCUACCUUCACACUCACGCUGCUGCGGAGAAUAGCGGAGACACAAACCAUGCCGGUGUAAACAACAAAAGACCAUGCAGGAUUUGUGAUCGCACCGACCAUCGAGUCCGCAACUGUGAGAAGUUCAAGCAGCUGAAAUUGGAGGAUCGUUUGGACGCAGUCAAGAAGUGGCAACUCUGCAAGCUGUGCCUGAAUGAGCACGGGUCUGUCCGCUGCCGGAUGAACUUCAGGUGCAACGUGGGAAACUGCAAGGAACGGCACAACGCACUUCUGCACAGCGACGUCCCUGCAACGGUCGUCAACUGCAACGCUCACGAUGUGCGGGCCAGACAGCCGGUGAUCUUCAGGAUGAUUCCGGUCACGCUGUACAACGGCGGCAGAUCGGUCAACAUUAUCGCGUUUCUGGACGAGGGAGCUUCGUACACGUUGGUGGACGAGUCCAUCACGAAGUUGCUGAACGUCCGCGGCGCAGUUCAACCGCUGCGCAUUAUGUGGACCGCUGGAGUUUCAAGGCUGGAGAAACAAUCGGAGAACGUCUGCCUGUCGAUCUCUGCCAGAGGGGUGUCGACUCAGUUCCAGAUCAAGAACGCCCACACCGUGAACGAGCUGAAGCUUCCGGAACAAACCGUGUGCUUCGCCGACGUCGUCAAGGAGUACAAUCAUCUGCACGAUCUCCCGGUGGCAGAUUACCGCGGCGCGCCGAAGAUCUUGAUUGGCUUGAAGGAUCUGCACCUGUACGCGCCUCUCGAGUCUCGCAUCGGCGGCGCUGGAGAACCAAUCGCUGUAAAGUCGAAACUUGGAUGGACGAUCUACGGUCCCCACGAGAACAACGCGCCAGCAGCUGGAUUCGUAGGUCAUCAUGCUUGUCACCAAGUCUCUAACCAAGACCUGCAUGAUCUCCUGAAGAACCAGUACCUCCUCGAGGAAACUGGCAUCUCCAUGGCGCUGCUGCCGGAGUCGGACGAGGACAAGCGAGCCAGGUCGAUUCUGGAGUCAACGACGGUGCGGAACGGAGAUCGAUACGAAACCGGCCUGUUAUGGAAAGCGGACGACACAAGUUUCCCCGACAGCUACGUGAUGGCGCUGAAAAGGUUGAAAUCUCUGGAAAGAAAGCUGCUGAAGAACGACUCGCUGUACGACAACGUGCGGCGCCAAAUCGUCGAGUAUCAACAGAAGGGCUACGCGCACAAGGCCUCCCAGCAAGAACUGGCUGCGUGCGAUCCGCGAAAGGUGUGGUACUUGCCGCUAAACGUGGUGACGCACCCCAAGAAGCCGGAGAAAGUACGCCUCGUGUGGGACGCGGCCGCUACUGUGGCGGGAGUCUCGCUCAACAGCCAGCUGCUCAAGGGGCCGGACAUGCUGACGUCGCUUCCUUCCGUGAUCUUCCGAUUCCGUGAACGUCCUGUCGGAUUUGGUGGUGAUAUCAGGGAAAUGUAUCACCAGCUGCGCAUACGGAAGGAGGAUACGAACGCCCAGAGGUUCCUGUUCCGGAACGACCCAACGGCCGAGCCUGAGGUGUACAUCAUGGACGUCGCCACCUUCGGGGCAACUUGUUCGCCGUGUGCCGCGCAGUUUGUGAAAAACAAGAACGCGGAGGAGUUCUCGAAGCAGUAUCCCGAGGCGGCGAAGGCAAUCGUGGAGAACCAUUAUGUCGACGACUACUACGACAGCGCGUCGACGGUCGACGAAGCGAUUCAGCGGGCGAAGGAGGUCAGACUCAUCCACUCGAAAGCGGGCUUCGAGAUCCGCAAUUGGGUGGCCAGUUCAAGCGAGGUUGUCAGCGCGCUGGGCGAGAAGGAAGCCGAUCAGAAAGUUCACCUCAGCCAAAACAAGACGACCGGUUACGAACGAGUACUGGGCAUUGUGUGGAACACGAGCACCGACGAGUUCUUGUUCUCGGCCGAGAUGAGAGAGGAUCUGGAGCGGUACUUGAAAGGAGAGCUGCGGCCCACGAAGCGGGUGGUGUCGAGCUGCGUAAUGAGCCUGUUCGACCCUCAAGGUUUUCUGAUCUCGUUCACGAUCUUCGGGCGGAUUUUGAUCCAGGACUUGUGGCGGGCUGGCUGUGAUUGGGACAAGGCGGUCGACGACGAAGCGUGGGAGAAAUGGAAGCGCUGGGUGAGUCGCCUGCAAGAAGUUGAAGGCGUUCGAAUCCCGCGGUACUACUUCCAGGGCGCGCACGAUCUGAACUACGAGACGUUGGAGCUUCAUGUGUUCUGCGACGCGAGUCAGUGCGCUUAUGGUGCUGUCGCCUUCUUCUGGAUUAUGUCGUCGAUGGGCCCAAUCUGCGCGCUCGUGUCCGGGAAGUCAAAAGUGGCACCGCUGAAGCUGCUCAGCAUCCCACGCUUGGAACUGCAGUCAGAUGUGGUCGGCUCGAGACUCAUGAACUUCGUGCAGGAGAACCACACCCUCAAGAUUGCGGAACGAUUCAUCUGGUCAGACUCUGAAGUUGCUUUGUCGUGGAUCCAUUCUGACCAGCGAAAGUAUAAGCAAUUCGUUGCCUUUCGCGUCGGCGAAAUUCUGACGCUGACCAAGCAGAGCGAGUGGCGGAAGGUGCCAUCAAAGCUGAAUCUGGCAGACAUGCUCACCAAGUGGGACAAAAAGCACAGUUUCGAGCCGGACGGGCCAUGGUCACGAGCGCCGGAAUUCAUCGAAGAAGCCAAGAGACUGUGGGCCAUCUCGAAGCAGCAGGUGCAGCUGAACACGCCCGAGGAGAUGCGAGCGAGUGUGCUGUACCACAGCAUCAUUGUCACCGAGCAAAUCAUCGAUCCUCACAACUUCUCUCGCUGGACGGUGAUGGUAAGAUCCGUGGCAUGCCUGGCUCGAUUUCGCUCCAAUUGUCGCAGAAAAGCAAAGGGUUUGCCGAUCGAAGCACUUCCUCUUUCGAAGGCGAUGAAGGGGCUCGUGAAAAGGACCGUGCAAGCAGUUCCAGUCCCGCUGAAGAGGGAAGAAUACCAGAUGGCGGAAACAUACUUGUGGAGAUGGGCGCAAGCGGACUACUUCCCGGACGAGGUGACAACCCUUCUUAAAAACCUCGAAUUCCCCGCGGACAAGAAGCUACCCCUGGAGAAGAGCAGCGUGCUGUACAAGCUGACCCCGUUCCUGGAUGAGCAGAAAGUGAUGCGAGUUGACGGUCGACUUGAGCGAGCUACCAUGAUUCCGUUUGAGGUUCGCUUUCCCGUCAUCCUGCCCAAAGGUCAUCCAGUGACAACGAAGCUGCUGGAGUACUAUCACCAGAAGAUGGGCCACGCGUACUUCGAGACGGCAAUCAACGAGCUUCGGCAGCGUUUCUUCAUCCCGAACCUACGAGCCGAGCUGAAGCGGGUGAUGACGGCGUGCGUGAAGUGCAAGGUGGAGAAAAGCGUACCGGCGAUCCCGAGAAUGGCACCACUUCCAGUCCAGCAUGUGACUCCACAUCAGCGGGCGUUCAGCUACACCGGGGUCGACUACUUCGGCCCAGUAGCAGUGACGGUCGGGCGGCGUUCCGAAAAGCGUUGGGUCAGCCUCUUCACGUGUUUGACCACGCGUGCCAUCCAUCUGGAAGUCGUGCAUAGUUUGACCACACAGUCGUGCGUCAUGGCUAUCAGACGAUUCGCUUGCCGGAGAGGAAUGCCCAUCGAGUUCUUCAGCGACAACGGCACGAACUUCCAGGGCGCGAGUAAGGAGAUCGUACGCGUGGACGCGGAAUGCAGAGAAGAGUUCACCGACGCCAGAACGAGCUGGAACUUCAACCCACCAUCAGCGCCGCACAUGGGCGGGGCCUGGGAGAGGCUUGUGAGGUCGGUCAAGGAAGCUCUGAAGGCGUUCGACGACGGGAGAAAGCUGACGGACGAAGUGUUGCUGACCAGUUUGGCGGAAGCGGAGGAUCUCAUCAACACACGUCCGCUGACGUACCUGUCAACCGAAGCAGGAUCAACCGAAGCUCUCACGCCCAACCAUUUCUUGCGAGGAGUGUCGACCAACGAUGGAACUCAACGCGCGGAAUCGACCAGUCCAGCCGAAGCUCUCCGAGACUGCUACAAGCGGUCGCAACUCCUUGCUGACUGCUUUUGGAAACGCUGGAUUGCGGAGUACCUUCCAACCCUGAACCAACGGACGAAGUGGCACGCGGAGGCGGAGCCUAUCGCGUGUGGAGAUGUCGUCUACGUCGUGGAAGGCGCUAAUCGCGGUAACUGGGUCCGGGGCAUCGUGACGGAGGUCUUCAAGGGUGCCGAUAGACGCAUUCGGCAGGCGAUGGUGAGGACAUGCAGAGGAGAGCUGAAGCGGCCGGUGAGCAAACUGGCGGUGCUAGAAAUCCAGGAGCGUAAAACUGGUGCGAAGGAGGCUCCACCCACCAGAGUUACGGGGCGGGGCGAUGUUGGCACCGCGAUGAACCAUCCUAGCGCAGCACGUGAAACACGACAGGCAAAAGGAACGCAUAAUAAGAACUCGGUGGCCGGAAAGGCGGUCCGCAACGAAUAA